CUGCGAAAGAGACCGGUUAUGUGGAGCUAGUGCGCUAACUGCUUACGUGGGAUUUUUUUCUGGAUUGAUUGAAAAUGGCUGAGAGAAAAACGAAUUCCAGUUCCAAUACAAAUUUACUUUUUUCUACAACACCGCAAUUCAACUUCAAUCUCCCUUUCAUUCCUGUAAGCCAAGCCAGCAGUCCAGCGGUACUGUCAGGAGAUGAUUCAGCAGAUGUUGGAGAAGAGGACAGUUUUCUGGGCCAGGUGUCUGGAAGCAUCCCACAGCCUUCCACAUUUAGCUAUUUCUCCAGUCCAGCAAACAGCAGUGACCCGUUCGCUUCAAUCGGGGGGGCGCUUUGCCCCUCUCCCACGCCUCCAUCAGGGCCCUCACUAUCAGAACCGGCCUACGCCCCCCCCAGGCCGGUUCUGCCCCCCGUUGUCUCUGUGCUCAGUCCCCCCCCGGUUUCCCAGAUCGAAAACGCAGCCAAUCAGAGCCCAGCAGUGGGAUGCACCCCUCCCCCAAACACUGCUGCCCCUCACGUCCACCAGCAAGGUUACAACCCAUACCGCCACACACCCCUGAGCAGCCGGGUGAACCCUUAUCUUACCCCACCCGAGCUGCAGCAGAGCCAUGUCCAGCAGCAGGCUCCUUUUCCCCAGAGCCUGCCCCAUGCCCCGCCCCAGGCUGCAGAUUCACCCCCACAGACCUACCACACCACGGCCUCCACCUUCACACAGGGACAGGCCCUGCCCACUUCAUCCAGCACUGCAGGCCCCCUCGUCCCAGCCACGACCAUGAUGCCAUAUGCAUAUAAUGUGUAUGAGCCAGUCCAGCCCCACUGGUUCUACUGCAAACAAGUGGAGUCUAAGAUAAUCUGGCUGCCCUUCAGCAUCCUGGACUCAGUGCAGCUGGAGGAGACAUUUAACUCUAUUCAGCCAGACCCCGAGAGUGUUGUGGUGUGCACAACUGGGGGGCGCUAUGAUGUGCAGCUGUACGACCGCCUGAGGACGGCGGUGGUAUGGGAGGAGGAGCCCUCGGAGGUGCGCCGCUGCACAUGGUUCUACAAGGGGACAACGGACAGCCGCUUCAUCCCCUACUCUGAGGAGUUCAGCGACAAGCUGGAGGGAGAAUAUAAAAAAGCUGUAUUUACCAACCAAUGGCACCGAAGGCUAGAAUUUCCUACUGGGGAAACGAUUGUAAUGCACAACCCAAAGGUGAUCGUUCAGUUCCAGCCCUCUGCUGUGCCGGAUGAGUGGGGCACCACCCAGGACGGGCAGACCAGGCCCAGGGUGGUCAAGAGGGGCAUUGACGAUGACCAUGAUGAAGUUCCUGACGGUGAGCUCCCUCAGGUGGACCACCUGGUGUUCAUGGUGCAUGGUAUUGGACCAGUGUGUGACCUUAGAUUCAGAAGUAUGGUGGAGUGUGUGGAUGAUUUCCGCAGCGUGUCUCUGAAGCUGCUGCACAGCCACUUCCAGAAGGUUCAGGAGGAGAGGGUGAUCAGCCGUGUGGAGUUCCUCCCAGUCCAGUGGCACAUGGCACUGCACGGGGACGCCACAGGAGUGGACAGAAGGAUAAAGAAGAUCACCCUGCCCAGCACAGGGCGCCUGCGCCACUUCACCAACGAGACACUCCUGGAUGUGCUUUUCUACAACAGCCCCACCUAUUGCCAGACCAUCGUGGACAAGGUUGCCCUGGAGAUCAACCGUCUGUACGCCCUGUUCAUGGAGAGGAACCCCGACUUCAAAGGGGGCAUCUCAGUGGCUGGCCACAGCCUGGGUUCUCUUAUUCUGUUUGAUUUACUGUCUAAUCAAAAGAGUGGCUCCCCAGCACAAGCCCCUGCAGCUUCUAAUGGCAAAGACCAGCAGGAAAUCAAACAGGUUCCUAGCUCAGUCUCACAGGCUAACGGAACAGUUAGCCAGCCCACAGUGCCAGAGGAGGAAGAGGAGGAGUUCGCCCACUUGGCUGCUGUGCUAGAGCAUCUCAGCCUCUCUGAAUACCUGAGCACCUUUGAGAAAGAGAAGAUCGACAUGGAGUCCCUUCUGAUGUGUACAGAUGACGAUUUGAAGGAGAUGGGGAUCCCACUUGGGCCACGGAAGAAGAUCACCAAAUUUGUAAAAGAAAUGGCAAACAACAAGCAGGCAGCAACAGAGAGGUCUACUUCGAAGCAGGCAGUCUCUGCCAUAGCCACACCCACCCAGCUACCUGACUCCCACUCAGUUCCCGCUACUCCCCGGAGUCUCCCAGUAGGGGGUACUGUUUCCUCCAUGCACGUCGACUACAACUACUUUGAAGUUGGCACAGGACAGGUGUCAGUGAUAUACCACGCCCUGGACUUUGAGCCAGUGAAUUUCUUUGCCCUGGGCUCUCCGAUCGGCAUGUUCCUGACUGUCCGAGGACUGGAGAGAAUCGAGGAGAGCUACCAGCUGCCCACCUGCAGGGGCUUCUUCAAUAUCUACCACCCACUGGACCCAGUGGCCUACAGGAUUGAGCCCCUGAUCAUCCCUGACCUGGACCUGAAGCCUGUACUCAUUCCUCACCACAAGGGCAGGAAGAGGCUGCACCUUGAGCUUAAGGAGAGUCUGACGCGAAUGGGCUCAGACCUUAAGCAGGGCUUUAUCAGCUCCCUGAAGACAGCCUGGCAGACGCUGAAUGACUUCGCCCGCGCACACACAUCUUCAGCCCAGCUGCAGGCGGAGUUGGAGAAGGUGGCCAAUCAGAUCAAGGAGGAAGAAGAGAAGCAGAAUGAUGAAGCUAAUAAGCUGGUGGAGAGCCCGGACUCAGCGAAGGAGGAGGAUACUCAGGUGAAGAUAGGGAUGCUGAACGGGGGGAACCGCAUCGACUACGUCCUGCAGGAGAAACCCAUCGAGAGUUUCAAUGAGUACCUGUUCGCACUGCAAAGCCACCUGUGCUACUGGGAAUCUGAAGACACAGCCCUUUUAAUUCUGAAAGAGAUCUACAAGAACAUGGGAAUCCAGCCAGAGCAGGCGGCACACUGAUGCAGCAUGGCUGGGAGUCGGAGCAUUUUUCUUCACACAGAGGCAUAGGACUUCUAUAGCUUCAUUAACCCUCACAACACUGUGGAGUCAGGUUGAUUCAUUUGAUAACACAUUUUCUUCUUUUUGUAUUUUUGUUAAAUUUAUGUAAUAAGAUGAAUAUACCUGUAAUUUUUCCACAUCUUAAAUUAAGAAAGCAAAUAAAGAUAGUGUGUUCGAGACUCUAAAUUUGAUAUAGAAUUUUGAUCAUGUAAAAUAAACCAUAAUAUUGUAGUUUUGGGAUGUUGCUUUGUACUUGACCCAUCAGUUUGUAUUGAAAUCAUGGAUUUGAAAUGGCAGCCUUCAUUGUAGACCAAUCAUUGCACUGGACUUGUUACCUUCUUGGAUAUCAUUGGCUUGGUUGCUAGCAGAGUCGCGCAAUAAAGACGUAUUUCAUAUGCGCUGUAUCGGUGAAUUUUAUCCAUUUAGGGUUGAAAGUUCUGCACAUUUCCACCAUAUGAGGGAAGUGAUCAAUUAAGAGGUUUAAGUGCACAAUGCAACACGGGCCCUCAAGGGCUCCAAAAUCAAGGGCAUGACAUCUCGAAUAUGCAGUUAUA